CAGCCGACUACCGCGCAUUCACGUUCGCUGGCAUCCAUUUGUUUCAGUUUAUUUGUUGAUGUUCAACUCAACGACUCAACGUGUCUUUACUUUCUUUUGCGUUUUUGGUUUUUACUAGCAUUUUAGGAUUCAGUAAAUUGCAUUUUAGUUUUGGUCGUGGUACACUAAUAAUAAACAUAAGUGUUUUGAUUGUGUUGUGAAAAUGAAUACGUCUGGGAAUCGAUUAUGUUCGGAAUAUUUGGAAAACAAAUGUUCCAAUGUGCAAUGUCCACGGUUGCAUUAUUACAACUAUUGCCGAGCAUUUAGAGCAGGAAAAUGCAGGUUAGGGGAGUAUUGCACGUACCUCCAUGUCCACUACUUUGAGGAGAAAUAUUAUACUGAGCGCUUGGUAGUUCCCCCAAAUAUGGAAAAAGAAAUUUUCCGAACCAUGCAAUUGAGGGGUGGACAUUGCAAUGAAUAUGCAAAUACAAGGAUAUGUAAGAGAUUCAGUGCCUGUUCAAUCAGAUUUGCACAUAGAAUGCCCGUUGAUUAUAAAGAAGGAGCAUUUAGUUGCAAUUGUUGCUUGGGGGAACUAUCAAAAGAUUUUAGUUACGGCAAUCCAUGUGGACAUGUGUAUUGCACCGAAUGUUUGACAGAGUGGUUGAAAAACAAAGACACAUGUCCUAUGUGCAGAAGACCGAUGAAUGCAAUUCAACAUAAGUACAAACAUGAGUUUAUGAGAUGCCACAGCAUGUGUGGUUAUUUUAACUGCAAAUUCUUUACAUUGACCCCUGAGGAACUAGAAAGUGUACGUGAAAAUGUCCGGCCAUUCACUGAGAAAGUUGCCAAAGAAGUGGAUAGAAUGGCGUACAUUAUAGUCACAUCCACACCAACCAGACCAGACCACAUUUGCUGUAGAUUUUUGACCGGGAAGUUUUGCAAUUAUCCUUCACAAUAUGCAUGUAAAAUAUGUCCCCACUUCCAAGAAAAGAGUAAGUUGUACUCUAAUAGUAAAAGGGGUUAUAGCAACCACGGCAAAAGCAGAGCUGCAAAGAUAAUGUUUAUCAAAAGACAAUGUGGGUUUUCACAACAAAUACAGAAUAAAACAUAUAAUAAUAAAAGAGAUCACUUUAGUAAGACUGAUAAUUCAUUAUCACUACAACAUGAACCAAAUACAACUGCGCAUAUCAUUAGCUCAUCUGGUAAUAAUAAUAAUUUUAGAUCAGAAUGUUUGCCACCUGACAGUGAUAGCAACUCAUCGACUAUUUCUAAUGAAUCUUUGCAUGUUUCUGAUAACAGUUUAGAAAAUAACAAUGAUUUAUCUGACAACAUAUUAAUUACUGAUACAAAUCCCUUUAGCAACGAAAUUUGCGAGGGAAAGUUAGAUGCUAGCCCAACAAAUACAUUUUGCAACAUAUUUGAGAAAAAUGAUGCAGAUGUAAACGCGCGACCUUCAUUACUUAGCGAUUUGAUUACGUGGUUUUAUGAUAAAAAAGUCAAUCAUGAACAAUUAACAGGCAUUCUUCAGGUGUUAAACAAGCAUGGCCAUCCAGAUCUACCAAGCUGCAGUAAGACUGCUUUAAAAACCGUUAGAAAACUUCCAUACAUAGAAGUAGUAUCUACAAAAAAUACACCUGCACAGUUUAUAUAUUUUGGAAUAAAACAAAAUUUAGAAAUUGAGUUUAAACGAGGAUUAUCCUCCAUCUUAAAAGAAAGUACUAUUCAAUUAGUUUGCAAUGUAGACGGUUUAUCAAUAUUUACCAGUAGCGUUUGGCAGUUUUGGCCUUUGCUGGGACAAAUAUUUGUUAAGAAUUGUCACACAGAACCUUUUGUGAUAGCCCUAUAUUAUGGUGAUAGUAAGCCGGCUGAUUUGGAAACGUAUUUUCAGGAAUUUAUCGAGGAAAUUAACGUUUUACAAACAACUGGUUUCACCUACGAAGAAACUAAUUUCAAGUUUCAGUUGAAAUAUUUCAUUUGCGAUAGCCCAGCCAGAGCCUUUUUAAAAUGUGUUAAGUCACACAAUGGAUUCUUCUCUUGUGAUAAAUGUAAUGUGAAAGGGCAUACAAGUAAUGAUGGCAAGAAAAGCAUAAUUACAUAUAAUAUCUUAGCAGAGGAAAAUAUAGAAGUUUGA